AUGGUGCCGUCACCGACAAGACCUCGGGCGCGGAGGCCACACCUCAAGUCCCGGAACGGCUGCUUCACCUGCAGGAAGCGCCGAGUCAAGGAAGCCCUUCCCCAGAUUGGUUUCCAAUAUCCAUUCGUCUUACAUGCAUUGCUAAGUCUUGCCGCUCUGCAUAUUGCCUACACGUCUCUAACCGAACGGACACGCAGUUGGUUAGUUGGCAUGUAUCACCACAACGAGGCAUUGACCGGAUUUCGCAGAGAACUCUCCACCAUCACAGAAGAGAACAGCGAAGUAUUGUUUACCUGGUCCAUAUGCAAUGUUCUGUAUGUCUUUGCCACAUCAAAUCCACUUUACCAGGGUAUAGAUGGAGGCCCUACGACGUCGACAUCGGCACAGAAGGAGAAGGUCUUGGGCUCAGAAUGGAUUCCGAUGAUCCGCGGGUUGGAAGCUGUGCUCCAACCUACUCAUAAUUACUUGAGAUCUGGGAGCAUGAAGGCGAUAAUGAGUACGGGGAACUGGGAUGAACUCGACCCAGGACAAGCAAGUCAGGACCCUGAGAAUGUCCACUUCUGCCGCGCCCGUGAGUCUUGGAAAGACUCAGAUUGUGCAGAGGUCUACGAAGAGGCGCUCCAUGUUCUCCGGAAAUGCCGACUUUACUCGUUGCAGUUCCGCGGAAUGGACUCUGAGACGAGAAGCAACUGGGGAUAUAACAAAGAGUGUCCUGAGGAGGCUCCGACAUCUUCCUUACCUCAACCCCUCAUCUUUCAAUUUCAAGCCUCUGCGUUUCAAUUCAUCGCCAUGGCUCACCAACAAGGAUACCAGCAGCAGCAACAACAGAUGCAGCAAUCAAGCAAUGACAGAGGUGCUUUUCCAGGCGGUACCUACAGUAUUGCGCACCGCGACACCAACGCCGUUCUCAACGUUGAUCUCCAGCAAGGCGCCAUGGUGCGCUCCAAGUCGGGUGCCAUGAUUCACAUGUCUGGCUCUAUCGAAUUAGCUGGAAAGUCCAAAUUCUCUCUUGGAAAGCUUUUCACGGGCGGCAACUUGUAUGAGUCGACGUACACCGGCCCAGGACGUGUCGCUCUUGGUCCAACACUGUUUGGAGAUAUCAUUACCCUACCUAUCGACGGUCAUCAGUCUUGGACUAUCGGCAGAGACGCUUUCCUGGCCAGCACUUCUGAGGUUUCGAAAAAGAGAGAGACUCAAGGUAUUGGCAAGGCGUUGUUCUCGGGAGAAGAUCUUUUUGUCUUUCGUAUUGAGGGUCAAGGCAUUAUGUGGCUGACAAGCUUUGGUGCUGUCGAUAGACUAGAUCUUCGACCUGGAGAGGAACACAUUGUUGAUAACGGCCAUCUCGUGGCUUGGAGCUGCAAGUACUCUAUUGAAAAGGCGGGAGGAGGAGCUAUGACUGGAAUGAAGACGGGCGAGGGUCUGGUAUGCCGUUUCACUGGUCCCGGCUCGGUUUAUGUGCAGACGCGAAACAUGGAUGAGUUUCAGUCAUUUAUCAAGGCAACUGUUGGAGCUUAG